AUGGCCAGGUUCAGCGGCUAUUGGUUGGUGGUUGUCUUCUAUAGUCUGGCAAUGGCCUCUAAAUCUCUGAAGGAGGGAUACGACAAUUUACAGUGGGGUAAGCGUCUACUGGGGAGCUUACUGACCACUAUAGCCCAAGUCAGUCCGUUAGACUGUGCUGAGGAAUGUCUGGUCCGUCCUGGUUGUCUGUCCUUUAACUACAGACGGGCUGCGAUUUUCUGUGAACUGAAUUAUGAAAAUGACUCAAGUUCUGACACAAAUCUUACCGAGGAAAAUGGAUGGAUAUUCAGUCUAAGAGAAAAUUGGCCUAUGGAAUUGACGGGACUUUGUAAAGAACCAACCUGUUCUUUGAACGAGAAGUGUGAGAGAAAAGCAUUUGGCGAAUUUAACUGUACGAUUGCUCGUGAGUUGAUGAACUUAAUUAACAAAUAA